AUGGAGACCACAUCUGCAAGAGGCAGGGCACUCGCAGCCCAGAAGCCAACUUUCCUGGAUGUGCUGGGGGAUCUGUGGGAUCCGCAUUCCAACCCUAAUGGAAUCGUGAAUCUUGGGCUGGCCGAAAAUACUCUCAUGCACGCCGAGAUGAAGGAAUUUUGCAAUGCCAAUGUCCAAAUCGAUGCACACGCAUUGACAUACGGGGAUGGAUUCAGUGGCUCCCAUCGGCUCAAAAAGGCCAUGAGCCAAUUUUUAAACCGCUAUUUCAGCCCUUGGACAGCUCUUCACCCUUCCGACCUCGCCAUCACAUCAGGUGUUAGCAAUGCACUCGAGUGCUGUGCUUGGGCGUUGGCUGAUGCUGGAGAUCAUAUUCUUGUCGGACGCCCCUACUCCAAUGCGUUCAAAACGAUAUAUGGAUCGCGGCCGGGGAUUGAAUUAGUUGAGGUUUCCUUCGGGACCACAGACCCGUUCAGCAUGGCCGCUAUUGACGAGUAUGAGCGGGCGUAUGCUGCAGCAAAAAGCAAGGGACUCCGGAUUAGAGCCGUUCUGCUAUGUUCACCACAUAAUCCUCUCGGACGCUGCUACUCCGAAAAGGUUUUGAAGGGAUAUAUGAGGUUCUGUUCCAGAAACGGACUGCAUUUAAUUAGUGAUGAGAUCUAUGCAAUGUCAGUAUGGAAGAAUCCACGGAUGUCUGAUGCCCCUGGCUUCAAGUCUAUAUUAUCCAUGGAUGUCAGGGAAUUUAUGGAUCCAAGCAUGGUGCAUGUUGUUUGGGGGUUAAGCAAAGACUUUGGUUCUACAGGCUUACGAAUCGGUUGUCUGGUUAGCCCAUCCAACAGAGUGUUCUUGGAGGCCGUGGAAGGCAUAUCUCUUUACAACUUCCCAUCUAGCGUCGGAGAUCAGCUUGCUUCACGUCUUUUACUAGAUGACAUAUUCACAGAGCAAUACAUCUCUAUAAAUCAACAUCGUUUAGCAGAAAGCUAUCAAUAUGCAACCGAGUUUCUUCGAUCCCACAACAUUCCUUAUCUGGAGUGCAAUGCUGCCUUCUUCAUAUGGAUGAACUUAGGAGCUGUGAUGGACGCCACAGCCACCGACCAGGAAAUUCUUGCUAAGCUAAGGGAAGAUAGGGUAUAUAUUGCACCAGGAACGGUUUAUGCUGGAGAAGAACCAGGCUGGUUCCGGUUGGUGUUUGGACAUCCUCCACAUGUCCUGGAGGAGGGACUAAGUAGGAUGGUUCGAGCUAUUCAAUCAGAAAAUCAUGAGCGGACAUGACUGGGGUUUCCAUAGCAAUAUGUCGCUGCAUAUUGAAUCAGGAAUAGAACCACUCGAACAGUUUCUGCGCUAUAGAUAGAUUGGGGGUGUGAAUGCUGAGAAUGGG